AUGCGUGCAAGGACUGAUCCUGUUUUUUGUGAAUAUCUUAUGAGAAUUGGGAAUGGAAAAGAAAAAACAAAUAUUAACAAUAAAAUAGCAAUCCCAAAGCAGUUCAUCAUUCCUUUUACUACUGAAAAAGAGUCAUUAGAUCUUUUGUUCAAAGUGAUAUAUCCGAAUUUACAUACAUCUUUCAAUGACUCUUCUUUUAUGACAUCUCGUGUUAUCUUGACUACAAAGAACGACUUUGUUGAUGAACUAAAUGAUAGACUCAUAACUCAAUUUCCAACAGUUGCUAAAAUAUUCAUAGCUGCUGAUGAGACUAUUGAACCAAACGAUCAACCUCAAUUUGAGGACUUCUUACACACUCUAAAUGUUCCUGGCUUACCUCCGUACAGAUUAGUGUUAAAGCAAAACUGCCCUGUUAUAUUAUUGCGAAAUUUAAAUCCUUCUGAAGGCUUAUGUAACGGUACACGAUUGGUGUGCUGUGAUUUCAAAACACAUGUUAUAAGUUGUAAAAUUGCAAGUGGUGACUUCAAAGAUAAGCACGCUUGGUAUCUCUGUCAUCCACACGCUGAGAAGGUGCUCCACACCAUUCAGGAGUAA